AAUUAUAAGGUGACAGAAGACCAAUCAUUCCUGCCUUAUCCAGUUCUUACCCACAGUGAGAAUUUGCUCACCUAAGCAGGACAGUUGAUGAAGCAGCCUCAUCAUAGCAGGCAAUCAUGUUCCACAACAUAAACCCUCUCUCAUAUUGUCUUUUUGCCAGGAGGAAAGAAUGAAUGGCUUAUGAAUAUAUGGCAGUUCAAUUCCAAUGACAACACAAAAACUGCACACUGCAAAGGCAAGAUGCACAGCAUGACCAUAAGAAAAUCACCAAAGCACAUUAGCAGAGUUGUCCGUAAAACUCAAAGAUGUCAUGAGGUAAAAGGACAUAUACAAAGCAAAGCAAUCAUUUCCGCUCUCUGCACUGGGUCCGAAAGCAAAUAAACAUGUUUGGCACAGAGCUGAUCACCUCAUCCUCUCUGGAGGGGGCAGUUAUGGGAGUAAUCAAAGUUAAACACAGAAGGAAAGGUAGAAAGUGGAAAGAUAAGACAAGUAAAUGAGGGAGAGUGUUGUGCACUCGUUCCAUCUGUCCCUAAUUGACUGUUUUUAACCUAUGAGGUCAUUAACACAGUGACCCGGUAAAAGACCACCAGAGCACAGUAAAAUUCCAUGUAGAAGUGCAUUACACCUUCUCUUAUUCAUUCUGCACUGCAGAAUCUAUGUGACAUAAACACAGCAAGGUUCAUUUCAUUGAUUUCAGUUGUUAGCCAAAGGUUUUAGGUCAUAUUCUGAUAUUGUAGUUUUAAGGUUUCCUUCCUGUUCUCUUUCCUUUCACAAGAGGAACUAAGAGGCCAUGACUGACUGGCGCAAUGGCACAGCACCCGGCCAGCAGGAGGAUGAGAGCAGCGCUCAGGAGAGGUCAGAGUGUGUGCUGGCUUACAUCCCUGUCAUCUACUACAGUACUCUGUUGUGUGUUGGAGUGCCAGUGAACAUCCUGACGUUGGUGGCUCUUUACCGGCUGGCUGUUCGUACUCAGAAGGCCCUGUAUGUGUAUCUUCUUGCACUAACUGGCUCGGACAUCCUCAGCCAGCUAUUCAUCAUUUUUGUGGGCUUUCUGUUGGAAACGGCUGUGUUUCACCGAGACGUCCCUGUGCUGCUGCUGAGGUCAGUUAGUAUGAUGGAGUUUUCUGCCAAUCAUGCAUCUAUCUGGGCUACCGUUCCCCUGACGGUGGACCGCUAUGUCGCUUUGUGCCACCCACUACUUCAUCGGCAGAUCAGUUAUCCAGCACGGGCUCGGCGGAUCAUCGCAGUGGUGCUCACAUUGGCGCUGGCAUCCGGCGUGCCAUUCUUCUGGUGGUCAGACAUGUGGAGGGUCAGCCGUGCGCCAAACAGCUUGGAUACCGCCUUGAUUUGGACCCAUGUGACUAUUAUUUACUUCCUUCCAUGUUGCAUCUUCCUGCUGCUAAACUCUUUGAUCAUCCUGAGGCUCCGGAAGAGACAGCGGCAGCAGAUGUGCCAAGACGAGAGCGGGCAGCAGCUGGCAGUGCCAAGCAAGCUGGGUAAAACCACAGCUAUGCUCCUAGCAGUGACUUCUGUGUUUGCUGUCCUGUGGGCGCCUCGUACCGGAGUGGUGCUCUACCAUCUCUACGUGUCAUCGGUGCACAGCGAUUGGCGGGUACAUCUAGCAUACGACUUAGCCAACAUGUUAGCCAUGCUAAACACUGCUGUGAAUUUCUUUCUGUACUGUUUUGUCAGCAAACCCUUUAGAGGAGCAGUGAGGGACGUCCUGUUGUUCCGGGGGGCGCCUUUGCACCCACGCCGCCCCCUACAUCACCAGCGCAAUGCUGCCAAUGCCUCCACCUCUUCUAUUUCCAGCUCCAAACGUUCCCAGCGAGAGGUCACCCCUCUCUCUCCCAAAAGGGCAGACAUCAAGAUUUAGCCCUGCUUAAAGGGAAAGUUCACUUAAAAAUGAAAAUUCUGUUAUCAUGUAAUCACCCUCAUGUUGUUUUAAACCUGUAUGACUUUUCUUAUUGUCCAUACAGGGAAAGUCAAGAGUGUACAAUGUGGUUUUAGACCCCGUUAAAUAUCAUUAUUUUGAACAAAAAAAAAAGAAGAAAGAACACAGCUUUGGAGCGAAAGUUUCAGUAAAUGGUGACAGAAUUUUCAUUUAUGGGGAACUUUUUUUGCCUUCAUACAAAACUAUUAAUCGUACAGAUUCCUAUUGUAUUGACUGAAUUUCAGCCGUGAAAUUUCACCAAGCAACAGUAAAUGUGACCGAAGUGUAACUGUGCGUGAUUUGGCAUCCCCAACAGAAUAGAAAAAAUACCAACUUGUUUCCCACAAACAGUGGAAGCAAAAUAUCCUCAUAAUAAAAUCCCAUCCAUUCACGCUAUAAUGUGCACCACAGGUACCGUUAAUCUGAAUGCUGUCUUAUCUGGCCUCUGGUUAGUGACCCGAGAGAUCACUGUUUACAGUCAUUAAACAAAAGCCCAAUAAUAUUAACUUUGUCUUGCUGAUAAGAUAAGUAAGCUUUGCAGUACAUCAUGGAUAUCAAGACAUAAUCAUUCCAGAAAAGAUUGUAUUUUGUUCUGCAGAGCUUACUUGUCUUUUGCACUGAUCUGCAUAUCUGUGUUAUUUAUUGUCCUGUCCUCUGCAGGGAUAAGAAAACAUACUACAGUAUUUAUGAAACAAAGAUAUUUGGCUCAUCAAAUGAGUACUACUAUGUCUUGUCAUUUUCCAUAAAUGGCUAUGCUUUUAAGGAAUAGGUUGAAAUAUGAAUAUUCUGUCAUCAUUUAUACACCUUUAUGUCGGUCCAAACCGGUGAAACACAGGUUGGUGGAACACACUUUUCUAUAUAAGGAAAGUAAAUGGUGAUAUAUACUAUCAAGCACCACAGUGACAAAAAAAGCAGCAUAAAAAUAUUGUAAAACUGUUGCAUAUUGUAA